ACAAAUAUUUGCUUUUUGGUCUUAAUUUAAGAUUAGGCUUGGAAAUACGUUUAGCAGUGUGGUUAAUGUUAGGUUUAAAAUCAGAUUUGAAGAAGAUAAUUGUAGAAAUAGUCUGGGUUUAGCCAUAAUUAUGACUUUGUGGCUGUGGUAACUAGUGACGACCCUCCAACUGAAUCCUCUAACAGAGAACCAAAAAAAUGGCGGAAGCACCUCCAUGGCCCAGCCGGUUUUUCUGUCACAGAUGUUCGGAAGAGAUCAGCCCUCGUCUCCCCGAUUACACGUGUCCUCGGUGUGAAUCUGGCUUUAUCGAGGAACUGCUGGAGGAGAGACGCAGUGAAAAUGGGUCCACAUCCACCAUCUCCAGCGGUGACCAGAACCAACAUCCAUUUGAGUUUGCUAUGGGUGUCUUUGACGACUCCUUUGACUUCGGAGCGGGGCUGGGAGGAGCAGGGCUAGGAGGAGCUGGGUUGGGAGGAGCAGGGCUAGGAGGAGCUGGGUUGGGAACAGAGGACAACCGCGACGCAGAGAACCGGCGAGAACGGGAGUUGGCAUCACGGCAGCGAUACGGCGCCAGGCAACCUCGCGGUCGCCAUGGCGUCAGGAGGCAGGCAGGGAGACCGGAGGGAGUGCCCACUUUAGAGGGAAUCAUUCAGCAGCUAGUGAAUGGAAUAAUUGCCCCUACGGCAGUGCCAAAUAUUGGUGUGGGACCCUGGGGCGUGCUUCACUCAAACCCCAUGGAUUACGCCUGGGGUGCCAACGGACUAGAUGCAAUCAUUACACAGUUAUUAAAUCAGUUUGAGAACACUGGCCCUCCGCCAGCUGAUGGGGACAAAAUCAUGAGCCUUCCCACAGUCCUAAUCACACAGGAGCAUGUAGGCUCCGGUCUAGAAUGUCCAGUGUGUAAAGAGGACUACAGUGCUGGAGAAAACGUUAGGCAACUUCCAUGUAAUCAUUUGUUUCACAAUGAUUGCAUAGUACCCUGGCUUGAACAGCAUGACACAUGUCCAGUGUGCAGGAAAAGCUUAAGUGGACUGAACACAGCCAUGAAUCCUCCAGGUCUAUCAGGGAUGAACUUUGCCUCUUCCUCUGCACCCCCGUCCUCCAGCUCAACCAGCAAUGAGAACUCGGCCAACAACUCCUAAAAAACAUUUCCCUUCCCACACAACCCAGUGAACUGCCCCUCCUCAGCCAGUUGGGUGCCAAUCUCACCCUGUCAAGGGGAGCUGAGAGCAACCACCCAGUCUCCUCCUCACCUGGAUCACUGCCUCACACUGGAUCGGAGCCAGCAGGAAUCCAAUUAAAUGAAAGUCAGUAUGUUUCUGCCCCACCCGAUGCUCUCCUCAAGCCUUCAGGAAUGUUGCUUCUUGCUGCGUGGAAGGAUGGAUUUGGCCCUCUGCCUGGGGAAGAUAUGGAGGAUAGGAACAUUAGGAGGGUCACUCUCUGGAUAACCUCAACAUGCAACAACAGAACAAGCCAGUUAGUCCUGCAUUCUGAGGGGGGACUGGGGGAGAGAUUUUUCUGGUCUUCUCUCACCAAGUCAGUUGUUUUUAUAAAUAUUUUUUUUGACAUGUUUUAUGAGCAUUCAUAUUUGUACUGCUAAAAUUCUUAAAUGAAAACUUUCAGGAGUUAAGGAGGCUGAGUAUAGGAUGUGUACUUUGUUUGGAUUCUGCAGCUAUUGUUUCCAUGGAUUGGAAACAUCUAUCAAAUUUGAAGUGUUUUUCUCAAACAGAAAAGUGUUUACCCUUCAUACAAUGUACUUUUACAUUGAAUGAACCAACCCCCAAUCAGUUUCUUAUUGACUGAAGUUGCAUGUGCACCAUUGUUUUGCCCUUUGAAUUAAGAAACAAACUAGAUUUGGCUUUGUGUUUUUUGGAGAACUGACUUGGGUGCUGGAUUAAGUCAAACGUUACUACAUUCCUCUUUGUAACGACAGAGGUAAAGAUCCAGUAGUUAGAAUCUGUCUAGCAGGUUAGCAGCCUUUUCUCAUUCAUACAAAAUCAGCAAGUUUCAGUGAAUUGGUUGUUUCAAAAAAAUCUAUUAUUCUAAGUGAAUUCAAUGUUUUUGUACAAUUCACAGUAGACAAUUUAAGUGAAAUAUAUAGAUUUGCAGAUAUUGUAAAACCCUGAACAAAACAUGAACUGAUAAAAUAAAGAUGUUUGGGUGCUACCACUCCAAUAUACAACUUAUAAACAUA